CCGCCUCCAUUUCCCCGUCCCCCGCCUCGUCCGCUGGCCUCCCGCCCCAUCAGUUCCCCGGGGGAGUCGUCGCGGGUCGCCUCAGAGGCCGCCUGUCCCACCCUCUCGACCCGCCCCCCAGCUGAGGGAGCAGCAGGAGCCUGAUUGGGCCGCCCGCUGCUCCGCCCCCUUUUCGCCGAGGGUGGGGGAGGGGAACAAAAGGCCGCGGCUGAGCCCGGGGGGGCGAGGAAGGGGGCGCCGUCGCCUGAGAUGCAGCCAAGUUGUAUAGAAGUGGUCAUGGCAGGUGCAGUUGUCAUGUAAUAAGGAGGAAAGUUGCACCUACUGAAACUCUGGGUUUACAAAGUGUUACAGCCUCAGUGUUGCAAUAUGGAGCCCCGGCAGCCGGUGCCUUUGCAAUCCGAGCAGAAUUUUGUCCGAGAUGCCAAGCAGAACAUGGCUGAGCUCUCUCUGUGGACAGUGGUGGCUGCGAUCCAAGCUGUGGAGAGGAAGGUGGAUUCUCACGCCACGCGGCUGCUGAACCUGGAGCGGAGGAUGGUGACCAAUGAGAAGAAAUAUGUGGACUGUGAGAAUGCUGUGGUGGACUUUGGCAAUCAAAUGGAGUGCAAGUUGACUGCUUUGGGGACUCUGAUCCAGGAGUAUGGGCUGCUGCAGAGGAGGCUGGAGAACAUGGAGAACCUGCUGAAGAAUCAGAACUUCUGGAUCUUGAGGCUUCCUCCAGGCUCCAAGGGGGAAACUCCCAAGGUGCCGGUGACCUUUGAGGACAAUUCGGUGUACUUUUCAGAGCAGGAGUGGGGGAACCUGGAGGAGUGGCAGAAGGACCUCUACAAGAAUAUGAUGAAGAGCAACUAUGAGUCGUUGGUCUCACUGGACUAUGCAAUUGCUAAGCCUGACCUUUUGUCCCGGAUUGAGCAAGGAGAGCGUCCCUGUGAGGAGGAAGAGGAGGUCCCCAAGGAGAAAGAGAUUUCUUCAGAACCCAGCCCAGAAGUGUUGGUUUUUAGGCCUGGCCUGGCCUGCCAGAUGGAAGGACGAGAAAAUGUACAUGUUGUUGGAGACCAGGAGAAAGCUGAAGGACGGGCAGCCCCACGUGACCCCAGUGUUGACUAUGGAGUUGCAGAGUCCUCCUUCCGCUCUCAAGGGAAACUGGAUCAAGAGGUGAACCUUGAGGGCCCACAGGGCUCAGAGGAAGGUGAACUGCGCAUCAAGCCAAGUGCGGCCCUUCCAACUGACAAGGUGCAGAUCAAAACCGAGCAACAGACGGAUCCCCAAAUCCUCGAGUCGUGGGUGCCGUUAGGAGCGUCUGGGGAGAGUGCCUUGCGGGCUGGAGGGUCCCUUUGCCCCGCCAUGUGGCCGGGGAACCCUCCAGGAGAACCGGGGGGGUUCAGCCUUGUUGGAGCCAACCUGUCUGAGGGUUGGAAGCAGGAGACAGCAACGUCUGUCAAGCGGCAGGACUGCCGGCAGAGCGUUGGCUUCCAAGGGGCCCUCGAAGACCACCAGCGGAGCCACAGCAGCCUGGCCUCUCAAGGAUGCCGCCCGUUGUCAUCGCCCCCGGGAAACCAGAGCCCCCUCGCCUCCAGGCUGGGUUGCCAACAAGAGAUGGGGAGUCCGAAGCUGUCUCCUGCGCAAACCGGGGAGAAGGCGUGGGCAUGUCCCUGGUGCCAGCAGCGCUUCCGGCUGCAGGUCAACCUGCUGAUCCACCAGAGCGCCCACUUGGAGGCUGCGGCUGAGCCAGGCGGCAAGGACCGGCUGGCUUGCCGCUUCUGCUCCCGGCGCUUUGGCCGCUCGGACCACCUCCUGCGCCACCAGAUGAGCCACACGGGCACCCGGCCAUAUCAGUGCCCUGAUUGCGAGAAGAGCUUCACGGACAAGAGCAAGCUGACCAACCACUACCGCACCCACACCGGCGAGCGCCCCUUCCAUUGCCUGGCCUGCGGCAAACACUUCAUCCGCCGGCACCACCUCGUCAAGCACCAGCGGACCCACACUCGCGAGAGGCCCCACCAGUGCUCCGUCUGCCUGAAGGGCUUCAUGCAGAAGCACCACCUCCAGAAGCACCUGCGCACCCACACGGGCGAGAAGCCCUACAAGUGCAGCCGCUGCCCCAGGGCCUUCUCCUCCAGGCAGCGCCUCCUUCAGCACAGCUGUGUCUUCACACAGGGCGGAGGAGCAGCAGCAGAGGCCGCUGGUGCAGGGUCUGGCCUCUGACAGAGAGGCUCUGCCAUCUCCUUCGUGCUCCUCUACCUUCCUGCCAUUUGCAAGUCUGGUCUGCUGCUCCAAAUCUCCUUUCGUUGUUGCCAUUUCACUUUGAAAGCGGUGCAGAAAGCAGAACUCUCAUCAUUGCUAACUCACCUGAGAGCUUCCUUGCAGAACCUCAGCUUCUCCGCCAGCUCAGCAGAAUGGGAUGCAUUGCAGAACCUAAGUUGCAAUGGCAAAGGGGGAACUCCUUGAAAAACAUCAGCCUCCCUUCAGCUUCAUGUUAAAUAAGCAGGGUUCAAUUAGUUAGUGGCUAGCAGUAAAUCACUUAGCAAAAGAGCAUCCCACGCGGAGCUGACUAAUGGAGGUGUUGGUAAACUGUCUAGUCUUUAAAUAGGACAACACAAAGCAUCAUCAUGGUGCUAAUGUGAAUUUAGAAAAGUGUUUUGAAUGAAUAUAAGUAUUAAGAAACCUUAAAUGUUGCCAUGAACUCUGUUGUUCACUUGGCCCUUAGGAAAAUAGAGUAUUGGAGCUAAAUAAGGCCUGAUCUAGUGGCUUUCAGGGUUAGGGUCGGAUGGUACUGGAAAGGUGCUGGGGAGUUUUGAUUUGGGUUCUGGGAGAUCUGUUUUUCAGCAUUGCAGUAGAUAGGUAAGAGGUGUAUGCCUUGUUACUUAAGCCUGAGGCGAUGGGAAUGUUCAGGCUGUCUGGAGAACUGGAUUUCGUUUUAUCUCAUGCAGCCUGAUUCUAUGCAUGUCUCGCAAUAGUAAUUUUCAUGGUGUUUAAUAGAACCCUGUUCCUAAUAAACAUGUUUGAAGUUGCAGCCAUAGUUUCAUCACAGCUGAAAUGCCCAGGUAACAUCUGGAGUGGAACACAGCAAAGCACCUUUCUCUACUAAAUGCACCAGAGGCUCACCCUGCAGAUUGGACCACAGUGCUUUGGUUCAGCUUUUUCCCCCAUGAUGCUCUUCUGCAAGUUGGACCCAAGAUGAGCAAGCAUUUUAGGAGGAGCCUUUUGCCGCACAAUGGGGCUAGAGUGACAUUUUCCAGGAUGUGCUGUGGUGGCAACUAUUUGGAACUUUUUUGGUAUUUUCCUCCCUGCAUUUAUUGAUUUAAAAAAACCCAACCUUUGUCCUUAUGGAAAUGAACAUUCUGUGUUGUUCAGGA